ACAACUCCAACUUCAAUAGAUGGGGUCAUCACUGAAGAUGAGAAAUCGUUGGAAACGUAUCUUUGUCUUUACAAAUGGAUGCAUGCUAUUCGAACCUUGCACAGAGAAAUGCUGCUACUCGUAAUCUGCACCUUUCCAGAAGGGCUACAGCCCAAGUGAAAUGAGCAGCCUAAUCUGCUUUUAAAACGUUCUGCGUUAAAAUGGAUUGAAGCUACAGGAGCACGCACGGCUUUACGAUGGCAAAUGCAGACAGCGAGGUCAGGACACUGCUGAACUUUGUUAAUUUGGCAUCAAGCGACAUCAAAGCAGCGCUUGACAAAUCGGCUCCCUGCAGGCGCUCAGUGGACCAUAGAAAAUACUUGCAGAAACAGCUGAAACGCUUUUCAAAGAGAUACAGGUUACCUCGUUGUCGUUCGUACAGAACAGACCUUGGGACAACUAAUGUGUCUGAAGACAACCCUGUGAAGUAUUCCCUUGACGGCAUCAGGAAUCUCAGGGGACAGAAUGAAUCAGUUGCAUCGGAGAUGCACGAGAACUCUUAUAAGACUGAAGAUCAGAACCAGGUGCCUAUGCGGAGUCGCCAACUUCCAGCUUCUUUCUGGAAAGAACCCACAUCUCCCUCACAAAGUUUGACUGCAGCUCUGGUCAAAGGUCGGCCUACUAGUAAAGAAACGGAUGGUCCAAGAGGUCUGAUGCCUUUGGUGCCGGACGGUGGGGAGAAAAUUGACAAAAACGGCGUAAAUUCGUUGCCCACUUAUUGUGAUUCUGUGGACAGUGCGCCGCCGAAGAUGGAUUUAACGUACAGGAAUGUAGAAUUGUGUGGGUGCUAUUCUUUUCAAUAUCACGGACACGUCUUGCAAAGGCACUUGACUCCUCCACGCUCUGCGUGUUUUGACGUUGCCCCCCCUGCAGGAACGGCUGCUGGUGUUGACAGACACAACUUGCCAAACAGACUCGGGUACCAUGCAACCCAUGUCGUUGUGAAGCCAAUCCCAACCAAACCGGCGCUCUCAAUGUUCAGUAUGUUUGGGUUUAUUUAAGAGAAGGGGUAGGAUGUAGGCUACAAGAACUUAUGAAAUCUUGUUUUUCUCUAGGAGUGCUAGGUUGUUUGUUUUUCAUUACCAUACCUGAAAUAUUAGAUAAUAGCGGUAGGCUACAACAAGAGGAGUCAUGGCAAGUGGCCGCCUCUCUGUCAUGAAGCAACCCUGUUAGGGUUUAAGCUUUACCGAUAUAAUUAGUUAUUUACAGCUCUACAUUUGCGCACUGUUCCUCCACGGUAGCAACAAAGUUACCAUGGGCCGAUACAUGCCAAAGGAAAAUGACUCUUUGAUAAAUCCAGGUAUAGGUAACAAUGUUACAAUGGUACAGCUGAUGUUUUUAGACAGGUAUCCUAAAGUUAAGAUUGCAAAUAAAGAGGCGCAGAUUUAAGUAGAAAUACAUUUGUUCUAACUCUGUUUAACACUGUUGUAACAGUUUGCAGUUAUGAUAUUGUGUGUUUAUAUAUAAAAAAAUCAACAUAUAAGCAUGCACAUUUGCGACCUUCUUUCCAAACAUGAAAACAAAAACAUAAAAAGCCAAGCCUGACAU